GCAGCAGUAUUGUUGCAGGAAGUUACUAUAGAAAUCAAUUAAAGUUUCCCCUUCUUUAGACUUGUCAAUUUGGAAUUUAAUUUCGGAAUUUUUUUUUUUGUAACAAAAUUACAAAAACCAUUUAAAAAUGGGUAUAUUACGAUUUGCAGUCAAAUCUACAAUUGCGGGUGGUUUACUUUAUUUUACAAUUCGCGAGGGUGUUUGGUCAAAUCAGGAAGAAAGUGUAAAACUUUAUGGAAAAAUUUACAAUAAAAUUGCACCACUUGUAAAAGAAAAUGUGCCAAAGGAAAUAAUUAACGAGCUUCCAGAUUUACCAAAAACAACUGAUAUAUCAGAUAAAAUGAGAAAUUCUUGGAAUAAAGGCGUAAUGAUCAGCAUGAAAUUUCUCGCACAAUUACCUAGUCACACGAAAAAUGGAAUUAAUUCUAUUUUAGAAAUGCCAGCAAUAAAAGAUGUUAUUUCCAAUGAAAAAAAUGCCUCUGAAACUAGUAAAACACAAUGAACGUAAUAAUUGAUUUUUCGUCGAAUAAUGUAUUUUGUAGACUAUUUAUUUCCUGUUAUAAUAAAUUAUAGCUGUUUUACUGAAAA